GGGGCCUUUUCAGCUUUGCAGGUGGGUUGGGAUUUCUGCUGAGAAGCAUCACGAGAAGAGAGCGGUUGCAUGAAGAAUUAAAGAUGGCAAAAAGUGAUGAUUGCGUACACAUCUUGCAGGGUCUGUUAGUCUUUGGGAAUGUGGUCAUUGGGAUGUGUGGCAUUGCCCUGACAGCAGAGUGUAUCUACGUUGUGUCUAACCCCCAUGGUCCCUCCCCUCUGCUGAAAGCCACAGAAAACAGUGACAUCUACGCUGCUGCCUGGAUUGGCAUCUUUGUUGGCCUUGCACUCUUUGCCCUGUCUAUCCUUGGUAUCAUUGGAGUCAUUAAGGCCAGCAGGACCUUGCUGUUGGUGUACAUCAUUCUGAUGCUGAUCACUUUUGCAUUUGAAAUGGCUUCGUGCAUCACAGCAGCAACUCACCAAGACUCACUGACUCCAGAGUUCUUCCUGAAGCAAAUGCUGGAGAGAUAUCAGAAGUCAGAGCCAGCCAAUAACAGUGACAAUGAGAUCACAAAGACAUGGGAUGAACUCAUGCGUCAGAACCACUGCUGUGGGGUGAACGGCCCCUCCGACUGGCAGGAGUACACGUCUGCCUUCCGCCUCACGCACAGCGACGCCGACUACCCCUGGCCACGGACGUGCUGCGUCCUGGAUGCAAAUGGGCUUCCUGUCAACCUUGAUGGCUGCAAACUUGGAGUGUCUGGCUACUAUAACAGCAAUGGUUGUUACGAUGCUAUUUCUGGGCCAAUGAAUGCACAUGCCUGGGGUGUUGCCUGGUUUGGUUUUGCCAUCCUCUGCUGGACUUUCUGUGUCCUCCUUGGCACCAUGUUCUACUGGAGUGGAAUUGAAUACUGAAGGCCUGGUGUCCUCAGUGCUGUCCUGAAGAGCCAUGUGAAACUGCAUUUGUUUGUCUCCAGCUUCAUUCUCCUCAAGCCAUGGAGGAUUUGAAGUUUUCCCACUACCUCUCCCAUAUAUACUUUUGCCCCUCCAAAAACUUGACACAAAGAACUGAUGACUGCAGGAAAGAAUCUUCUUGUCCCUGCUUUGCCCCUUGUUCUGCAGCCUUAAUGCCUCCUGGCUGAAGCACAAUCCUUCUUUCACUGUGCAAGAAAUCCUGGAGCAUAAGAUGAGAAAAGAAGUGAUCUGGUUUGUUCUCUGAUGACAUCAGAAAAGAAAAUGUCCAUACACAUUGGUCCAGAAAAAUGUCUCUCUAAAAUUAGUUCAAAUUUAAAUGAUAAUGCUUCAGGAAGGGCUGUGGGAGCAAAACUAUAACCUCCUGUGACCAAUAAGAACAGAUGCUGCAAGGGAAAAGACUGCAGAUCUCUCUGUUAUAUUCUACUGAUCAACUUCUCUUGCUGGUCUCUGUCACCCUUGCCUUAGAAUAAGGCAAAUUCUCUGAGCAUUUAAGUAUGUCAGCAAUAAAAACAUGUCACAGAUAGAAAAUCUUUUGCUAGUCAAGCCCAAUAAAAGGCUAGCUCGCUCCUCAGCAAUAUGCUGCCUAUAUGCAAUCCUACCUCCUGUCACUGAUGAAACUACUGCAUGUGCUCCUACCUUCAGAAGUGCCAGUCCAGGAAAAGCUCGGCUUGCUAGCAAGCAACUCUUUCAAGAAAGUUGUUAUGUACUUUGCACAAGAUUUCAUACAUCUGUGGGCUAGAAUUUGUGCAGAACACAGGGGCUUCUGUGCUGUAGUUGCCUUUGCAAAUGUGGCUGUUCCACGCUCCUGGUUUAUUGUGCUUCUUGCUUUAGCUACCUGUGUGUAAAUGGUCACACCCGCUGUGUCAUUCCCCUUCCACAUCCCUGGAUCAGGUAGGACAAAUGGCAAAUAAUGGCAGUGAGUAACUCUUGUGAAAAAAUGCAAGCAAGGAGCUAACUGAACCAAACCAGUCCUUGCAUCAGUGCUUGCAGUUUUCACUCAGUUCAAUAAAGGCUCUUUACUCUGGCCUGGAUUGAGCUGGUGUCUUUCCUAGUGAACGCUUCAAUAGUUAAAUGUAUUGUGAGAAGUGUGCUCCUCUGUAGAGUGUUUUAAGGUGAAGCCUCUUCCAAAG